AUGUCAACCAACAACACUGAAUCUUCUUCUCUUCCUACUCAAAGGCUUUUAGGUAAAGUGGCGUUGAUAACCGGAGGAGCCACAGGGAUAGGAGAGAGCAUUGUUCGUCUGUUCCACAAGCACGGCGCAAAAGUCUGCAUUGUCGAUUUGCAAGAUGAUCUCGGAGAUAAGCUCUGUAAAAGCCUGCUUAGUGGUGAGACGACUAAGGCAGAGGCAUGUUUCAUCCAUGGUGAUGUGAGAGUAGAAGACGACGUUAGCAAUGCGGUUGACUUCGCGGUGAAGCGAUUCGGGACGCUUGACAUAGUCAUCAACAACGCUGGACUAAGCGGAGCGCCGUGUCCCGAUAUUCGCAACAACAGUUUGAGCGAGUUCGAGCUGAUCUUUGACGUGAACGUGAAAGGAGCUUUCCUAGGGAUGAAACACGCGGCUCGGGUGAUGAUUCCGGCGAAGAAAGGGUCGAUAGUUUCGUUGUGUAGCGUUGGAGGUGUUGUGGGAGGUGUUGGUCCGCAUUCUUAUGUUGGUUCGAAGCACGCUGUUCUUGGCUUGACUAGGAGCGUUGCGGCGGAGCUUGGACAGCACGGGAUACGAGUGAACUGCGUUUCGCCUUAUGCGGUUGCGACGAAACUCGCUCUGGCUCAUUUGCCGGAGGAGGAGAGGACGGAGGAUGCGUUGGCUGGUUUCAGGAGUUUCGCGGCCGCGAACGCGAAUCUGAAAGGUGUGGAAUUGACGGUUGAUGACGUGGCGAACGCGGUUUUGUUUCUGGCGAGCGAUGAGUCGCGGUACAUAAGUGGUGAUAAUCUGAUGAUUGAUGGAGGUUUCACCUGCACUAACCACUCCUUCAAAGUUUUCAGAUGA